AAGAAGCAGCACCUCAUCUCCUCGCACCCGCAGAGAUAGCCGAGAGAGACAGGGUCCGCAAAGCAGGCACCGCCCGGCAAAGGCAAAAAAGAGCCACCCACCCAUCAUCCCCUUCCUCGUGCGCUGCUGCCUCUUGCUUCUUUCUUCUUCGUGUGGUAGAGUACCAAGCUCAAGCUAGAUAGAUAUCCAUGGUUUUUCUCUCCUUGCUUGCCGAUUGCUGCAGGCUGUAAGUAGACAUAGGUGUACGUAGUAUAGGAGCUAAGAUAGGCAGCGGGAGGGAGAGGAAGAUGAAGCUCCAUCUCCUGGUGAAGGUCCUGUUCGGGCCCGUGCCGGUCUACUUCUCGGCGCUGGCCAUCCUCAUCCUGCUGACCAACGCGCAGUACUUCGGGCUCGGCGGCGUCGGCGUGCCGCGCGCCACCAAGCUGGCGUCGUCCACGCCGGUGGUGAGCGUGAUGAAGUACUGCGACAUCUUCCGCGGCGAGUGGGUGCCCGACGCGGAGGCGCCCUACUACACCCACAAGACGUGCGGCAUGAUCCAGGAGCACCAGAACUGCCUCAAGUACGGCCGCCCCGACCUCGGCUUCCUCAAGUGGCGGUGGAGGCCGUCCGGCUGCGAGCUGCCGCGCUUCGACCCCGUCCAGUUCCUGCAGUUCGUCCGCCACAAGUCUCUGGCCUUCGUCGGGGACUCCCUGGCUCGCAAUCAUAUGCAGUCCCUGCUCUGCCUCCUCUCACAGGUGGCGUAUCCCAAGGACAUCUCGGCGAACCCGACGGACCAGAACAAGGUGUACCACUACCGGGCGUACAACUUCACCAUCAACAUGUUCUGGUCGCCGUUCCUGGUGCGGGCGCGGGAGCCCGACCACGACGACCCGGCGCACACGGGGCACUACAGCCUGUACCUGGACGAGCCGGACGACAAGUGGGUGUCGCAGGUGCCCCGGUUCGACUACGUGCUGGUGUCGGCGGCCAACUGGUUCUCCCGCCCCUCGCUCUUCUACGAGAAGCGGCGGCUCAUCGGGUGCAGCUUCUGCAGCCGGCAGUACGGCGUGCCGGACCUGACGCUCUACUACUCGCAGCGCAAGGCGUGGCGGGUGUCGCUGCAGGCGAUCAACGCCCUGGAGGCCAAGGUGAAGGGGCGGGUGAUGGUGCGGAUGCUGUCGCCCAUGUCGCACUUCGAGAACGGGACCUGGGACCAGGGCGGCAACUGCAAGCGGACGGAGCCGGUCCGGAGCAACCAGACGGUGAUGGAGGGCCGCGACCUGCACUUCUACACGGCGCAGAUGGAGGAGUACCGCGCCGCGGAGAAGGCCGCGCGGGCCAAGGGGCUGCGGCUGAUGCUCAUGGACGCCACGGCCGCCAUGCUGAUGCGGCCCGACGGCCACCCCAGCCGCUACGGCCACUGGCCCAACGAGAAGGUGCAGCUCUACAACGACUGCAUCCAUUGGUGCCUGCCCGGCCCCAUCGACAUCUGGAACGACCUCUUGUUCCAGAUGAUGCUCGUCUAGCCCAGUCCCCGUUCCCGUUCUCAUCCAUCGGCGACGGUGGGCACACAGAUCUGAUCAAAGGAUAUGCUCCAAGCCAAUUUUGAUAAUGAAUUGUUUCACCUCA